GAUUGAUUCAUUCUUAUUUUCUAUAGCUUUUCAUACAUAAUGGUUUCAAUUACCGAACAAACUGCUAUUUUACAGAAAUAUCUUGACCUUCCUCAAAACGGAAAGGUUCUUGCUGAAUACGUCUGGAUUGAUGCUGAAGGCAACACUAGAUCCAAGUGUAGAACCUUGAACAAGCGUCCUGCCAGCGUUGAAGACCUUCCAGAAUGGAACUUCGAUGGUUCAUCUACUGGUCAAGCUCCAGGUCAUGAUUCGGAUGUCUACCUUAGACCAGCCGCAUUCUACCCUGAUCCAUUCAGAAAGGGUGACAACAUUAUUGUUUUGACUGAAUGUUGGAACAAUGAUGGUACUCCAAACAAGUACAACCACAGACACGAAUGUGCUAAGUUGAUGAAGGCUCACGAAGAAGAAGAAAUCUGGUUCGGUUUGGAACAAGAAUAUACUCUUUUCGACCAAUUCGAUCAAGUUUACGCUUGGCCACAAGGUGGUUUCCCAGCUCCACAAGGUCCAUACUACUGUGGUGUUGGUACCGGUAAGGUUUACGCUAGAGAUGUUAUCGAAGCUCACUACAGAGCUUGUUUGUAUGCUGGUGUUGAAAUUUCCGGUAUUAAUGCUGAAGUUAUGCCAUCUCAAUGGGAAUUCCAAGUUGGUCCAUGUGGUGGUAUUAAGAUGGGUGAUGAAUUGUGGAUUGCCAGAUAUCUUUUACAAAGAGUAGCCGAAGAGUUCGGUGUUAAGAUUUCCUUCCACCCUAAGCCAUUGAAGGGUGACUGGAACGGUGCUGGUUGUCAUACCAACGUCUCUACUGCUUCAAUGAGAGUCCCAGGUGGAAUGAAGGUUAUUGAUGCUGCUUUGGAAAAGUUGGCCAAGAGACACAAAGAACACAUGUUGUUGUACGGAGCUGAUAACGAACAAAGAUUGACUGGUCGUCAUGAAACCGCUUCUAUUGAAGCCUUCUCUUCUGGUGUUGCCAACAGAGGUGCUUCUGUUAGAAUCCCAAGAUCUGUUGCCAAGGAAGGUUACGGAUACUUUGAAGAUAGAAGACCAGCUUCUAACAUUGACCCAUACUUGGUUACUGGUAUUAUGGUUGAAACUAUCUGUGGUUCUAUCCCAGAUGCUGACAUGUCUAAGGAGUUCGCCAGAGAAUCUUCUGCCUAAAUCUAUACAGCUGUGCCAAAAUCUAGCUAAGAUUAAUAAUAUACGAC